AUAACAGGAACUGCUUAUAAUUGUACGAUUAUGUUGGUAAUGAAACAUAAAAAUCUUUUUAUCGACUGAGAAAAUACAGAAGAAUACCGUGCAAAGAGUUCGCUGCAAUGAAAUUUAUGUCAAUAAAGAAAUAUAAAAAUUAGAGAAACGUUAUAAUGUAUCGUUAUAUAUAAACCAUACGAUGCAUUAACUGUAUUCGAAUAGUUUUUUAAAUAAAAAAAUAAUUUUAUUUCUUUCAUUAUGAUGUAUCAUUAUGAUGUAACUUUUGAGCGAAUACGUACGAUCGGUUGCCAUGCAACAGGCGCUUUUUAAAUCUCGUUUAUCUCAAACGAUCAAUGCGUAUAGAUUAUGUUAUAAUAAUAAUCAUAUAUAUUGAAAUAUAUCUAUCAGAAAAAUACUAUUUUAUCCUUCUUGGAAGUUACAUUUAUGAUUCAUUUAAUUUUUAUAAUAUUUUUAUUUCUGCACAAGGGUUAUUUUUGAUGAUCCUUUAUCUUUAUUUUAAAGGCUGAAAAAAUCUUUGAACUAUCACUAUUUUACUUUUUUUUAUCUACUUAACGAUAACUUAUCUAUGUCAUUUACGCUUAUAAAAAGAAGUCGUACUGACAAACAAGACAUAUUUAAUGUUCCUCCGAUUUAAUAAUUAAAACAUUUAUCAUGAUGAAACUAUACAUCAUUCUUCCUUUUUUACUCGUUACCUUGGCUGCUAUCCUAGCAGUACCUAUUGAAGAUGAGUACAAAGAUUUGUUAGAAGAGAACAUCGCAGAAAUCAGCGAUAUACGCAAUAGCAAAAAUAAACUUUUACUUUGUCAAAAAUCUGGAAAAAUUGGAGAAUGGAUAGAAGACACUGCUUGUUACGCUCGUUGUGUAUUUUUAGGAAAACAAUUCGGUGGUUACUGUUAUCGUGGUACUUGUUAUUGUAGAUCAAGAAUAAUGUAAUACGAUUUAUAUGAAAUUAUUUUAUAUAAAAUUAUAAUAAACAUACUUUAGUUUAUAAUUUUGUUGCUGUUAAUAAAUAUUCUUCUAAAUUUA